AUGAUUAGCACUCCAAUAAAUAAUACUCAAUCAGAAAUCAAAGAAUACAUUGACAAAACCCAAUAAACUAUUCAUGCUCAAAAAUAAAUUGUUGAUAUCCUUGAUGCUCAAAUUGACCAAUUAUUCAAAUUAUAAAAUAUCAGAAAUCAAAUUGAUUAAACUUCUAAUUACACUUAGAAUUUAAUAAUCGAACUCAAAAAAUAAGAAAAAGAGUUAGAAGGUAUAUCAUCAGAGUAGGAUGAGUUAAUAAGAACAUUAGAAAAAGCAGUUGCAAGUGAAGAGUAAGUAGAACAUGAUGCUGCUCGUUUGCAUCAAUAAGAAAAAACUUUAAUUUAGAGAAUGUCUAAUUACAUUUAGGAAAUUAAAAGCGGUUAAAACACAAGUUUAAACUUAACAUAAACAUAUUUUUAAGUUUUAGAUAAGCAAGCCUAAAAAUGAAUGUAUAUAAAAUGUAUUAAAUGUUUAAAAAUUAUUUAAAACAA